AUGGACCAGCACUACGACGAAGAGGAGCGCAAGCGCCUGGAGUACUACUGGGCAGACAGAGACAGAAUGGCUGGUGCUUACCAGUACGUCCCGCCCGAUGAAGCGUACCCAGCCGAAGCUCUGGCGGAUCACAACGACAUCGAGGAUCCCCGUCUUCACGACAACUACCACGAUGCUGCUCAAGGCGCCCACGAGAAUCCGUUCCAUGUCGAGCCCCUGGGCCAGAACUUCAUGCCUCUCCAGCGACCCGACCACGCUUUCGAGGCACCGGUCAACCAGCAGGGCCAGAAUGAUGCCAUCCAAGCCGAGCACUAUCCUCCCAUCGACCCCGAGCUCGAGAUCCAGGCCUUGAUUGCAGUUCAGGCGGCCGGAAACCCUCUCAACGAUCCUCACGUUGCUCACGGGGGCAAUCCCGCGCAUCCGAACUUCGGCGACCCUCUUCCCGAUUACAUCUACGAUGUUCAAGCUAGUGCUAUGAACAUACAGCCAGGUGACGCCGGCCAGAUCGACAACCUACUCCAGGAUGGCUUCAACCUCCCGUACCUUGACUUGGGCCCGGUCGCUGCAACCCCCGCCGAGUUUGGCGAUCCCGCGAUGUUCGUUCAAGAGUACGAGCAAUGGCAGCAUUACAACAACCAGGUACACGAGCAGUAUGGUCAGCAAAUGGUCGACAUGCAGGCGCAGCUCCAGUACCAUCAGAACGAGCACGGCGAGGACCAGGAACACCAACACAUGCCGAACCAGCAGUACCCGCAGCACGAUGGAUAUCAUAUCCAUGAACAGGGCCACCACAGCCAAGAUUUGCACCAGCAGCAUGAUCACCAUGCCCACCAGGACCACGCCUUCGAUCAGCCCCAGCAGAAACAGAAUCAUCAUGACGAUAACGAGGAUGUCUCUCCCCAGCAAGACGACGCCCAGAACGCCGCCGCCGCUCUCAACCCGCUCGCACAGGACAAUAACCCUCAACCCGCCGCCAACGUUCAGGCUCCUCAGGCCAGACAUGGAAGACGGUCGCAUACGAGAACCAUCGCAGGUUCCCAAUUCAACGACGGAACGCCCGACCCCAACCCCGACUACUAUGGCCUGGCAAAGGUCUCUCCGAGACCCCCUUGCCGGGAGCUCCCGAGAAUGGUGAAGGGCGCCCAGAAGGUCGUAAUUCAGUGCAACCGGUGCAACAAGAUUCUCUCGCGCAAAGAUGAGAUGCGCUGGCAUCUCCGCCGCGACCAUUAUGGCAAAGAGUACGGAGAUGAGGGGUUCCAUAUCGAGAAGGGCCGCCAGCAGGCCCUUCUCGAUUGCCCUAAAUAA